UCUCUCUCUCUCUCUCUCUCUCUCUCUCAGGCUGCUCAGAACACACCAGGAACUUAACUUGGAGGGAUUUUGAUCUCGUGUUCCCUGGAGGAAUAGUCUCCAUCCACUGUCCUUCUGGUCAAGAAAAGCCUUUCAUUUCUGUUCUCCUAUGCAUGAGUGUUUCUCCUCGAUGGCCACUGCUGGAGGGACAGGUGACAUUUCCUUCACAGUGUAAAGGAAACUUGCCAGGAUAUCACAUGCAACAGAGUGCAAGCCACUCUUCACCCACAGGCAGUGCCUUUAAGGUAACCAUCAAGUGUUCCUUAGCCAGCGCCCGGCACACAAAGGGUGGCUAAUAAAUGUUAGUCAUUAUUUUACCUCUAUUCAGAAGAAUGGGGCUUGUUCCCUUCCUGUCGACCUUGGCAGUGAGGAGCCUCUUUCCCCUCGAUUAUCCAAAUGUGGUUAGACCAAAGGACUGAUGUGCAGAGUGUCUGUUCAGCUUCUGUUCCUCAGCGGGGGUUCUGGGCAAACUCCAGGCAGGCAGGGAUCACUUGGAGUUUUCUCCGGAGUGUCUGAAGUGCUCAGGUUGGGUAAACUGUCACUGCAUACCACCUGCGCUUGGAGGAAGGUGAUCCGAGCUCCCUGGCUUCCAAGGUUACUGAAACACCACCUGCUGAUGAAACUUAGCUCCUAGAGAGGUCCUUCACAGCUGCCAAUCCAGCGGCCAAGUACAAAGGUCCUGAGCUGAGCCCUCUUCUCCAGGGGUGGGAAGGGCGCUUCCUGACGUUUCUAAUUCUGAGCCUUACAACUUGCACGGGACCUGUCCUGUUACACAUUAACAGUCUGCGGGGUCAGAAGUGGUUCGGUGUCAGCUCUGCAGAGCUUACUUACCACGUCCUUGUACCUUUUCUCUCAUCUCUGCACCAGGCUGGUGGUAACCAAAUGUAAUGAUUAAGAGGCCAGGCUUAGGAACCAGGCCAGAUCUUGGAUUAGAGUUUUUUGUUUGUUUGUUUUAUUUUUUUCUAUCUAAAAAAUGACUAUUUUUAAUUUUGUAGGGCUGGGACUUGAACCCAGAGCAAGCUAGGCAAGCAUGCUUUCUCUGUUCUACCUCCCAACCCUUAAGAAAAUUGCUUUUUGAGAUCUGUGUAACCCAGACCGGCCUAGGAUUGCAAUUCAUCUAUCUCGGUUUCCUGAGUGACUGGGAUCACAGGUGUGUGUCACUGGGCCUAUUUUAUAAAUUUAAAUUCUGACUUGGCCAUUUUCUAGCCUUGUAUCUUGAACCCAUAGUUUCUCCUUUUCUGAACCACAUGUCCUUAUCAUUAGAGUAGAUAGAUUAAUAUCCACAUUGCAAAAUGAUUGCAAGCAUUAGCCAUGAUACUCAUGAUACUUUCUCAUACUAUGAGAAGGUUCACAUAACGAAAGCAGAGCUUCAGCUACGGCUAGACGCUGGGUUCCACCAAAUUCCUGUUUUGACUGUACUUUCAUUUUAUUUCCUUAUGCGUGGGCCUUGGCCUCAGACAGUCUCUCCCUUGGUGGAGUACAGUGACCACGGUUUCUUUCCGGUUUCAAGUCAGGAAAGAGAGGAUAUAUCUCUUUUAAGAGUCCCAAUCAAAGCCAGAACUCUGGAGGCAGAGGCAGGUGGAUCUCUGUGAGUUCUAGGCCAGCCUCAUCUACAAAGACCAUUACACAGGGAAACUCUGUCUCAGGGAGGGGUUGGGGGAGUCUAAAUCCCAAUCAAGUAUCUUGGAGUCUCACUGUCCCAGAAUGCAUCGUGUCUUGACCAUGACAAGUGGUGCCCAAGCCAAACACUUAGCUUUGCAUCUAGGAGUAAAGUUGGCCUUUAAGAAGGAAAUGAGAUCAUGAUAUUCAAGGAAAGGGGAUGAAUGUUGCAAGGAUGGAGUAAGAAAAGGCAAUUUUCUCUUAGAGGGCAUAAAAAAGAAAGUGAAUUGGGGCUUUACACUAAUCCUAGAAUCCCAGAAUGAAGGAACUCGUCUUGAGUCUUGAAAGAAAUAGAAUGAGGCUCUUUGAAGACAGUGCCACUUGAAACAGUCGCUGGGAGCUUAUGCAAGAAUUACUUCAAGGACUGAAUGAAAAUAAGGACUUAACAAAAUGAAUGAAAAAGCCAUGACAAGAAGCCAGAAUCUGGAAGGGUGGCUAUAUGUGGUGGGUGGUUGUGGGUGACUCUGGGUGGUGAGUGGCUGAGGGUGACUGAUGGCUAUGGGUGGGGGGUGGGUGGCAUCUCGUACUCUGUAAGAUCAUUGGUGGAGACCAGUUACUCCCAACAGCAGAUGCAGAGCUCAAGACUGAGCUGCUCUUUCCAGAGGUGUCUACCCUCGAAAGUAGAUGAGGACAGAUAGGCCAGAGUCCUCAGGUCCCGAGAAGCCCCCUUCCCAUCUUUUAGAGUAGCUGCCCCUGGACACAGGCCUUUCCUGUGGGUCUUUCAGCAGAGCAGUGGUCUCAAAACACAGUUGCCCAGCAGAACCAUCUGUAUUUAAUUAAACACAGUGCUUCUAGGAGCCUCCACCUGAAGUAGAUUCAUUAAGCUCUGGGUAGAGCCCAGAGGACAGGUUACUGAACAACUUUCUGUCUGUCAGGCCCAGCCACAGGUGGGAUCCUGUCCCUCUGUCUAUAGCUGUACCUACCAUUGGCACCUCUGUUUUCUAGGACAGGGACUUGGGCAGCUCAAGUCUCCGGUGUGCGACCUGGUGCCUGGUAAGGGGCAGGUACCCACUAACCGUUUGUUGAAGGAAUUCGGGGAGACAGACAGGCAGCAGCAAGCUGACUUUUCCCAUGGCGGGGAUAGGGAGCUUUUCAGGGAAAGAGAAACUAAUGCUCAUGGAAAGAGCAUCUGUGGUGGAGAAGAGUUCGUGAUAACAGAAGAAACAAUGACUCUGGGGUAAAGGCUCCUGACAUAUCCAUUCCACGUACCGUUUUUAAAGGGACUUCUUGGGCUGGGGCUCAGUUGGCAGAGUGUUUGCUUAGCAUGCGUCAAGGCCUGUGUUUGGUCCCCAACAACACAUAAACAUGGUGGUGCAGUUCUGUAAUCCCAGCAUUUGGGAGCUAAAGGCAGGAAGAUUAAGAGUUCAAGGUCACCCUCCAUGACAUAGCAAAUUGAGGCUAGACUGGGACACAUGCAACCCUGUUUCAGAAACAAACCGUCCUCCUCGGUUACUUUAAUACAACAGUGACACCAGUCAUGUCACUGUUCUGGUCAUUGUUUGACUCACUAAUGUCAUUAUGAGAGCUAGACACCGGGUUUACUCUUUUGAUUCUCACGGGGAUGGGAGCUAUCCAUAUCCUGGGCCUAUUUCACAGAUGCUGGAAGGGAGGUAAAGGGAGCACACGGGGAGCAAAUGGCAAGGCUGUGAAGGCACACUCCCGUGCCUGCCCCACACCCUGUGUGGUAGCACAGUUCUGGAGAGAGUGUCACACUCAGCGCCCAUGUCUGUCUUAAACACAUACCAGCAUCCAGAAGCAGAAGUCAACAGCGGAGGGAGUCGGGGGACGAGAAAAGGCCCUUCCAUAAAGAGACCAUUGUACACCUCUCCAAACAAGCUGUUUUCCUUCUCCUUUCUGCUCCCCUGCUGCGUUCUGAAGGUCACUGACUGCGUCUGCACAAGCCAGGGAAGUCACGAAAGGCGUGCUUGGCAAGGGGAAGCAGCAUUGGGAAAGGAUCUGGGAGGUGGGGACAAGAAGAAGAAGUGGAGGAGGAGGGGGAAGCAGGAGGAAGAGGAACAGGAGAAGGAAGAGGAGGAGGAGGAGGAAGGAAGAAAAGGAGAAGGAGGAGGAAAAACAUGACGAGGAAGAGGAGGAGGAGGAGGCGGCAGCAAUUUUACCACAAGGGACAGCCAGGCUGGAUUUUCUUGUCUCAGCCAGCCCAAUGACCUUCUUCCCUUUUGCUGACCACUCCCCGGGGCUGGCCUCCCUGCUGCUCACAAACAGCCAGCCAGACAGCUCUGGGGAGGCAGCCCACAGGCUCUUCCUCAGGCCCCUAACUGGGUGCUGCUCCCCACUUCGCCAGAGGGAAAGCGCUCUUGGAGAGCUUGACAGGCGCAGAACCUCAGCCAUGCUGGCCUUGCUGUUCUGUGGCUUGCUCCUGGCGGCCCGUGGCUCUGUCACCUGGACCUUGCCGGAUCCUGAGGAGUCCAGCUUCGGCUUAGCAGAGAUCAAGCCAGACCUGGCUGAGAAGAUAAGCGACACCCAUGCCAAAGUGCAGGAGAUCUGGUUGGAGCUUGGACGACGGCGGGAGGUGGAUGCCACAGAGAUGUACGCAGUCUGCCAGGUGCAGCCGUCAGCCUCGCUGGCGACCGAUCAGCCGCGGGUCACCGGCCUGGUCCUCUUCCGGCAGCUGUCGCCCGGCGCCAGGCUCGAGGCCUUCUUCGAUCUGGAGGGCUUCCCCACCGAGCCGAACGUCUCCAGCCGCGCCAUCCACGUGCAUCAGUUCGGGGACCUGAGCCAGGGCUGCGAGUCCACCGGGCCGCACUACAACCCGAUGGCCGUGCAGCACCCGCAGCACCCGGGCGACUUCGGCAACUUCGUGGUGCGCGACGGCCGCCUCUGGAAGUACCGCACCGGCCUGGCCGCGUCGCUGGCCGGCCCGCACUCGAUCUUGGGCCGCGCGGUGGUGGUCCACGCCGGCGAGGAUGACCUGGGCCGUGGCGGCAACCAGGCCAGCGUGGAGAACGGCAAUGCCGGUCGCCGGCUCGCCUGCUGCGUGGUGGGCGCCAGUACUCCCGCGGCCUGGGCUCGCCAGACACAGGAGCACGCCGAGCGCAAGAAGCGGCGGCGGGAGAGCGAGUGCAAGGCCGCUUAAGAGUCACCCCCGGCCGCCCAGCCCAGCCGUGCGGCGCAUAGAUGCCUCCGCGCACUUCAGUCGCCUCCGUGCAUCCCAGACAGAUGCCUUCCAGACAUCUCAGGCGCCUCUGAGAGUCUCACAUGCUUCCACGCACCCCAGACACCUCUGUAUGGCCCCAGAUGCCUUCAUGAACCACCCCCCAGUCACCUCUGCGCUCCCCAGGUGCCCGCCCCACCCCACCCCACCCCCGCGGCCCAGACACCUAACCCAGGAAUCCUUUCAUGCCCUAGACACUUCCACAGACCCGGAACUCCUUUGUGCUCCCAGAUACCUCCAUAUGACGGAGGUUCCCCUCCAUGCUGGACACUCCACCUUAAGGGCCCUAUGUGUCCAGACAAUCAUAGAUGCUCCUAGAAUGCCCUUUGAAACAGUCUUUGAUUCUGUUUGCUCCCAGAGAACCCCCCUCCCACCACCUCCGAGAUCGCACGAGCUCUCUUUCCGCUCUGGGGACCUCCCAUUCAGCACCUCUGAGAACACUCCCCCCAGGUGCACCGAAAUACCCCCACCCCCACCCCACUUCCUCUCGUCCGUCUUUUCUUUCCUAUCCCCUAGCACAAGAGACUCCUCUCUUCCCUAGGGACCUCUUCUUUCCUCCUUUUGUUCCUCCUAGGUGCUCUGAGACCACCCUGCUUCACACACACCUAGGGUUCCACGUCUCAGCUCACCUCCUGGGGUGCCCCUGGUUCUGUUUUCAGCUAGUCCCCAUAUGGUGCCUGCACCCCAUGGAGAGCAGCUCCUUUGAGGGUAUUUGGCAACCUGUGUGUUGCACAUUAAAGCACAGCAAUUCAGUCCUGCA